CGGUCCAUCUUUUCUUCAUCUGAGUUUUGGAACAAUAAAUCAAUUGCCUGUCAGACUCUAACUUCGGAAGAACAGAAAUGCAAGGUUGUUGUCACAGUUUCGGUUAACGAUUUUGAUGUAUUUAAUAAAUUCUGUUCAACAUUUUCAUGUUUCAAAAAACUAAUUAAAUCAUUUGCGUGGUGGACAAGAUUUAAAAAGCGUCUGCAGAAAAGGCCUGUUAAGUCUUCAAAAACAUUAGACUUGGAAGAAUAUGUUGCUGCAGAAACUACUUUGAUACGUCUGUUGCAAGAGCAAUGUUUUGAUAAGGAUUUAUAUGAUUUAAAAUCUGGAACUUUGUCGUCUAGCAGCAAAAUUAAAAGCUUGCAUCCAUUUUUAGACACCAAUGGUGUAAUAAGAGUUGGUGGCAGAUUGGGCCAUUCAACAUAUUCAUUUUCUAAAAAACAUCCCAUUUUACUUCCGAAUAAACAUAAAUUAACGGAUUUAAUUGCCACUGAUUGUCAUCUGAAGCUUCUACAUGUUGGGCCUCAAGGUUUAUUAAGUGCCUUGCGGAAAACUUAUUGGCCAAUUGCUGGUAGAAAUUUGUCUAGAAAGGUUUAUCGGAACUGUGUCACUUGUUUUAAAGCUAAUCCUCAGCCUUUACAACAUAUAAUGGGUGAAUUGCCUAGUUGUAGAGUCAAACAAACGUUUCCGUUUUAUUGUAAAGGAAUAGAUUACGCUGGUCCGUUUCACUUGAAAGAUAGGACAACUAGAAAUCCAAAAAUUGUUAAAGCAUAUGUUUGCCUAUUUGUCUGUAUGGCUGUCAAAGCAGUACAUAUCGAAGUUGUUAGUGAUUUAACUACCGAGGCCUUUCUUGCAUGUUUAAAACGCUUCAUCUCGCGGAGAGGUAAACCUAAAGAUAUUUUCAGUGACAAUGGGUUAAAUUUCGUGGGCGCCGCCAAUGAGUUGCGGGAGUUGUAUGUAUUUUUAAAGUCAGAAUCGACUCAAAACAAAAUUUUGGAAUUUUUGACAUCAGAAAAAAUUAGUUGGCAUUUCAUACCUCCUAGAGCCCCUCAUAUGGGAGGUCUUUGGGAGGCAGAAAUUAAAUCUAUGAAGUUUCACUUAACGAGAAUUGUUGGGAAUGCCAGUCUUACUUUCGAAGAAUUGAACACUAUAGUCACUCAAGUAGAGGCAAUACUUAAUUCACGACCUCUUGUUCCUUUAUCCUCAAAUCCUGAUGACCUAUCAGUGCUGACACCGGGUCAUUUUAUCAUUGGACGAGCAAUGGUGGCAUUACCAGACUAUGACUACCAAGAAAUACCGGAAAAUAAAUUAUCACGAUUUCAACGACUUCAGCGAAUCGUACAACACUUCUGGUCCCGUUGGACUCGUGAAUAUAUAUGUGAGCUGCAAAACCGAAGCAAGUGGAGGAACAAUUCACUCAAUGCACUGAAGAAAGGCUCCUUGGUUAUAGUGCGGGACGACCAGACCCCUCCGCAGCAAUGGAGACUGGGCAGGGUGUUGUAUCUACAUCCAGGACAUGAUGGUAUUGUGCGGGUGGUGACGAUUAAAUUUGCAACGCAAAUUGUAAAAAGGCCUGUUGCUAAGUUGUGUGUCUUACCGGUCGGUGAGAGUGUUUGAUUGACGAUUUCUCCGUUUUAUAUUUUAUUUUUUUUGUUUUUAUUUUAUGUAAUUCCGUUAUAUUUUUUAAUUUUGCCAUAUUUGUAUUUUUGUUAUUUGUGUUAUGUUUGUAAUGUCCUUUUUCCGGGCGGCUUUGUCGGAGAUCGGGUUGCGGUUGGGCCUUUUGGAAAGCCUCAAGAGAGAGAGAAAACGGGUUUCUAACUCAAACCAAUUAUUUAUUCUAUCAAACUGUACAAAUAAAAAUAACAAAUCCCCAAGAUAAAUAAAAGUAAUAAUAAUAACUA